AUGUCGGGAGAGGGAAGGGAAAUGGCAGAAAAAGAAAAUGGCGGGGAAGGUGAAAUGUCAAGGAGGGCCUCGGUUAUGAACGCUGCUGGACUUAAUUUACUAAAACUAGAUCAUGUUAAAAACUUACAUAAACCUUCAGAAUCACAACGACAUGAGUGUGGCAGACCGUUAUGGCACUUUGGAUUAUAUUUAUAUAUUAUUAGUCAACUUGUAGGAAGUACUAUUGCUCUAACGCAAUGGGUCGCACCACUUGGCUCUAUUUCACUCAUCUUUAAUUUCAUAUUUGCUCAUAUGCUAGUUGGUACAAGUAUUACAAGGGGCGAUAUUGUCGGCACUUUUGUAGUAAUAAUUAGUGUGAUAUGGAUUGUGGUAUUUGGCGGAAUGACUGGUCAAGAUGCUGCUAUUUAUUGUUACUGGAUUCUCCAAGAUGAGCAAAGAAAAAUGAGUGAUAAAUUCUUUAAAGGAAUAGAGAGCAAACGAUUGAAAAAAUUUGUAGGAAUGACUAUGGCUGGAGUAGGUGGCUUGAUUGCAAGUCAAACUUUAUUGCUAGCAAAAAGCGGCCUUUUUAUAACAGCUGUGCUUCAGGUAUAUUGUCUCAAUACUGCGUUAAAAUUGCAUGAUCCUGUCUUAGUAGUGCCCAUGUUUUAUGGAUUUUAUACUGCCAUGGGACUUGUCAACUCUAUGAUCUAUCUUGAUGAAAUAAGUACUUACCCAUUAUGGGCUCUUUUAUUAGUGACAAUUGGAAUUGCUACAUUAGUUUAUGGUGUAUGUAUGCUGAGUGUGUCCAAAGAAAAUUCACCUGUAAUAACGGAUGAAUUUGAUUUUGAUGAUGAUGAGCCAAAGAAUGUCGAUAUUAAUGGAUGGGAUACUCUUAGUAUUGAAAUUGGAAGUAAUGCUGAAGGUUCAGAAACUGGAAUGUUAAAUGGUACCACAGAAAAGAAACGAUUCAGCAUUGUAGGAAAACAAUUUGGUGAUGGUAGAAUAUUUUCAUUUUCAUCGAAAAGAUCAAGUAGUGGUGGUAGCAAUUCCGGUAUUUUCAGGAUGAGCAGAUUAAGAAGCAAUAACUCGAAAACUGAUUUUCGAGAUAUUAAAUCAACACGUAUAAGUAAUAUAAAUUUGGACAAUGAUUCAUUGAAAUCACGUAUUUCGAUUGAAAACGAUGAUAAACUAUCAGAUGAAUUUACAACGCAAACAAUAAUGCCAGUUGCUUAUUCAGCAACAAAAACGCAUGAAAUAAAUGAUUUGAUGUUAUUUACUCCUACCGCUUCAAGUGAACAUUCUUUGAGUCUACCUCCAUCACAUAAUAACCAAACAAGUAAUGAUAACCAGACAAGUAAUGAUAACCAGACAAGUAAUAACAACAUGCCAAGUGUUUUAUCUCCGAGUCAUCCACGAACGGGGAGUGUAUAUCCAAGCGACGCAGAAUCUGUAAUCUUUGCUCGUAGUUUUGAUGAUUUAUUAUAUCCAGAUUCACUUAAAAAUAAAGAACUUAAUAAUCAGAGCUAA